GGUUGUGCGUCAGUUGCCAAAAGGUGGGGACAUUUCCUGAGCCUUUGCAACACUGAGAAGUUGUCUUAAGGGAGGUUGGACCCCACUCUGAGCAUCAGGCUUGGAAAGUGCAGGCCCAGCUGGGCACAGCCCUGCCGAGGGAGACACCUGUUCGCCCUCCCCCUGGGUCCUGGCAGCCUCCCGGCCCCCAAGCGUGCGCCUGACCAUGUCCCUGGCCGAGGCCAUCAGCCUCUGGAAUGAAGGGGUGCUGGCAGCCGACAAGAAGGACUGGAAGGGAGCCCUGGAUGCCUUCACUGCGGUCCAGGACCCCCACUCCAGGAUUUGCUUCAACAUCGGCUGCAUGCAGACAAUCCUGGAAAACAUGCCUGAGGCAGAGAAGGCCUUCACGAAAAGCAUUAACCGAGACAAGCACUUGGCGGUGGCCUACUUCCAAAGAGGGAUGCUCUAUUACCACAUGGAGAAAUACGAUGCAGCUAUUAAAGACCUUAAAGAGGCCUUGACUCAGCUUCGAGGGAACCAGCUGAUAGACUACAAGAUCCUGGGACUACAGUUCAAGCUGUUUGCCUGUGAGGUGUUAUAUAAUGUUGCUUUCAUGUACGCCAAGAAGGAGGAGUGGAAACAGGCAGAAGAACACUUAGCUUUGGCUAUGAGCAUGAAGUCUGAGCCGAGACAUACUAAAAUUGACAAAGCCAUGGAAUGUGUUUGGAAACAGAAGCUGUAUGAGCCAGUGGUGAUCCCUGUGGGCAGGCUGUUUCGGCCAAACGAGAGGCAAGUGGCUCAGCUGGCCAAGAAGGAUUACCUGGGCAAGGCGACAGUGGUGGCAUCUGUGGUGGAUCAAGACAGUUUCUCGGGGUUUGCUCCUCUGCAGCCACAGGCCGCUGAACCUCCACCCAGACCCAAAACCCCGGAGAUCUUCAGGGCUCUGGAAGGGGAAGCUCACCGUGUGCUGUUUGGGUUUGUGCCUGAGACGCCAGAGGAGCUGCAGGUCAUGCCAGGGAACAUCGUCUUUGUCUUAAAGAAAGGCAACGAUAACUGGGCAACAGUCUUAUUCAACGGGCAGAAGGGGCUCGUUCCCUGCAACUACCUUGAGCCGGUGGAGCUGCGGAUCCAAGCUCAGCAGCAGCCCCAGGAGGAAGCCUCCCCAGAGUCUGAUAUCCCAGCUCCUCCCAGUUCCAGCGCCCCUGGAAGACCCCAGUUGCCACCCGGUCAAAAAGAGAAAGAAGAGCCCAAGGAAGUAAAGCUCAGCGUUCCCAUGCCCUACACACUCAAGGUGCACUACAAGUACACGGUGGUCAUGGAGACUCAGCCCGGGCUCCCCUAUAGCCAGGUCCGGGACAUGGUGUCUAAGAAACUGGAGCUCUUGCCAGAACACACUAAGCUGAGCUAUCGGCCUCCAGACAGCAAUGAGCUGGUGCCCCUUUCAGAAGAUAACAUGAAGGCUGCCUGGGGCCACGUGAAAAACUACAGCCUGACUCUGUGGUGUGAGAACACAGUGGGUGACCAAGGCUUUCCAGAUGAACCCAAGGAAAGUGAAAAAUCUGAAGCUAAAAACCAGACAACAGAACCUCAGCUUAAGGAAGGAGGCCAAGUGGUAGCACUCUUCAGUUACGAAGCCACCCAGCCGGAAGACCUGGAGUUUCAGGAAGGGGACAUAAUCCAGAUUAUAUCAAUGGUGAAUGAAGACUGGCUGGAAGGAGAGUGCAAAGGGAAGAUUGGCAUUUUCCCCAAAGCGUUUGUUGAAGAACAUGCAACUACAGAUUCGGAAAGCUCUCCUAGAGGAGUCUAGGAUGUUCCAUAACCUACAAAGUUGGAGAAAAGUAACUAUAAUCAUUUGUGAGGUUUAAGCAUGCCCCUGCAGUACACUGUAGGGAGACAUCACUGUUUGGAAGUGUUAACUAGUCCACUUUUCCCACUGAAAAUUUAACCCAUCACACAAUGAUGGGAGAACUUAUCAUGAUGAUGACCCUGGCGGGUGGGAUGGAGUGAGUGAGUGGAAGUAUCUGGAAGGACAUGAAGGGGUCUUCUAGGGUACUGAUAAUGUUUCUUGCUCGGAGUGCUGGCUACCCAAAUGUGUUCACUUUGUAAAAGUUCACUGAGCUGUACGCUUACUAUUGGUGCACUUCUGGUACCUCAAUAAAAACUUACAAAAAACAAGACACCGAGUACAGGCCCAAGGCUGAAGUGUUAAGUACCCCUAUUCCGGUACCACGACAGUCACAGACUCCUCGAGCCUGAAGUAAAUUUACAGGUAAUUCAGAUGGCAGACACACACAAAAAUAACUUUCCUCUAUUGUAAGUCUCAUUGCUUAAACAGAACCUAGACUUAGUUUUCAAUUCCAUAGAGAAUUAAAAUACUAGAAUCCCACCCCUUCAUGCCUUCUCAGGAAUACUGAGUAUGUGAUGUAAAGAAGCCCCAUUCAGGAAGCCACUUGGUCAGGACUAUCCUUUUUGUUAGUUAACGUUUUAUAAUAUGGACUAUGCUAAUAUACAUGAGAGAAUGCUAUGGUUUUAUUUUGGUUAUCACUUAACCAAAUGGCUUGAUUUUUUAGGGUUAACUUGGGGUUAAAUACUAGACCUUAGAACCUUGCCUUCAUUUCCCUCCCUCUCUCCUCCUUGUACAGUAUGUAUGGCUUUGUAACCACUCAAGUGUGCAGGUGCUUGUGAAAAGCAGUUAGGAAAUGAUGUGUAGAUGCAAUCAACACAGAAGUGAUAGGCUUGCUGACCAGAGUGAACACACAAACCGGCAGGCCGUGGCACUGACCUCCAACCCGCCGCUGCAGGCCCGGCAGGCUACCACUGGAAAUUUUGGACACAAUUCAAAGAAACGCAACCUCAAAGCUAAGAACACUAAUUACCGUUGGGGCUAAUCAGACUUCAUGAUGUUUAUAGACCAGAAAGAGAAACCAUCUCUGCACUGUCCCACUGACAGUAAAAAUAGGGAUAAAAAUGGAGGGUUGUUAACUUCUUUGCAUAAGCCCAUCUUUAUUCAUUAGAUAAAAUAAUUUUGACAGUUUCUUUCACCCAUCCCUUUCUAUAAUAAUGCACACUGGUUUGGAAUGCUACUGAAAGCAUAAAUAACCCUGAAGCAUAUUCAAUUUCUGACCAUCUCUGAUUUCCCCUAGAUGACUUCUAAGUAGUUUAAACACUUGUUUUUCUAAGUAGGAUAUUCUUUUAGGUUAGAAAAGAAACAACGUACACACAGAUCUGGUUGGAGAGAACAUGGUUUAAUUAAAGGCAAAGCUGAUUUCAGCAGCUGCAGGUCUUGCACAGACAGACCGAAACAGAACAAAACAAAAAACAAAACAAAACAAAAAAAACACAAGAGAACGUUUACUACACAAAACCAGUUUCUGAUGAAGAUUCUCCCCUCCCUCCUCAUUACUCCACAUUGAGGAUGAUAAGGCGAGGAACCCCGCCCCAAGAGUCAGAAAACAUUCCAAACACCAAAUUCUCAUGCAGAAACAGGGCUGUAGAUGGGAUGUGGGCAGUACCGGGAGUGAGACAGUGAACCUGGCCAGCUCGCCUAGGGUGCAAGAAUCAGGGACAGCUCAAACACUGGAAUGUUGCAGCUGCCUGAAUGCAGAGCUCAAACACACAAAGUGGGUCAAGGUAGUGGGGAAGGAGGCUUGGAAGGGAGGGGAUGGGAGAGGGGCGGACACAGGGAAGGGGCUGGAGAGAAGCACAAAGGGUUUCAUAUUGCCAUUGGGUGGGGGGGCUUCACCCUUUCACACCUUUC